GAAGGGAUGCAAGUUUGCUCACAGCUUCCACUCAGACCACAAUCUCUGCGUUCUAAAACAAUACGGACUUGAGAAUUUAAACAGUGACGAACUUCGUCAGCUUCUGCUUCAAAAUGACCCUUCCCUCUUACCAGAGGUCUGCUUGCAUUAUAAUAAAGGUGAUGGACCUUAUGGAUCUUGUACCUAUAAAAAGAUCUGCACCAAACUGCAUGUUUGCCAGUACUUUUUGCGGGGACAGUGCAAAUAUGGCAGCAGCUGCAAGCGAUCCCAUGACUUACUGAAGUCAGAAUGUUAUGAGAAACUGGAGAGACAGGGAAUGAGCUCAGACAUUGUUGAGAAACUACCCUCCAUUUAUAGGAAUAUGUAUGACAUACAAAAUGGCAAUGAGAACGUGUAUGACACAGAAGAUGCCAAGUCUUCGCCAUGCAAAGAGAGAAAACAUAGCUCUAGCCGGGAGUCCUCAACUACAAAUGAUGUUGAAUUGGAACAGAUCUGUUUAUAUCAUCUGUACAGAAGAUGUGGCUUUAAAGACAACUGUAUCAGAACUCAUUUUCACUUGCCAUAUAGAUGGCAGGUCUCUGAUGGUGAUACCUGGAAGGACUUGAAGAAUAUGGAAGAAAUAGAAAAAGCAUAUUGUGACCCCAAUAAUGCCAGAUUUAAUAAUGGUGUUACUGAAAGUGGCUCUGUCUUGUCGUGUAUUUGUUUUCUGAAUAUGUGCUGUGGGUUUGCAAAGGUUAGACGUCUUUCUACAGCCUCUUCUGUGACCAAACCCCCUCACUUCAUUCUUACAACAGAAUGGAUCUGGUACUGGAAAGAUGAAUAUGGCCUGUGGCAGGAGUAUGGAAAAAAAGAUGAUGAUCAUGUAGCUGCCACUGUUUCUAGUGAUGACUUGGAGAAAGCUUAUGUAGCCAAAGGUUCUCCAAAGCUGAACUUCAAAGCUGGAAAACAUGAAUAUGAACUCAAUUUUGGAG